CAAACUCAUCUAAAUAUCGACAGUCUCCUCUCUUCACUCAACUCUCACACAAACGGAACCCAACCAUGAAAUCCACAACAUUUCUCACUUCUCUUCUCUCUUUGCUCCUAACCUUAUUCUGUGCUACUGCUACGGCCGACCAUGAAACUUCCACCGCCAGCAGCAGUAUUAUCUUUACUACCCUUGGCAAAUUAGAUUACGCUUUUGACAUCUUUACCCUCCCGGCUUCGGACACGCCAUCAGUCACCAACGAGAUUCAAAUCACCGACGGUACGUAUCUGAAUUUCAACGGCCACUUCCCUUCUGUUUCUCCCUCUCUCCUCUCCUUCCUUCUCCGUGAUCAAGCCCUAAUCCAACCUCCCGGCUUGCACGAAUCACCUCCUCUGCAGCUCAUCUACGUCACGGAAAGAAACGGAUCAUCAAACAUUUACUACGAUGCAGUUUCUUUUAGUAAUCCGACAAACACCCGAUCGAGAACUGCCCUUGAGCUUGAAGUUGAAUUCUCCACUCGUGUGCAAGUACCUUUGUUGGAAAUUAAGCAGGGAAAAAGUGCAAUUUCGAUGAAAGAUAAGCCGAGUUUGAGUGGUGAGUAUUUAAUCUACGUGUCGACUCAUGAAGACACCGGUAAACCCAGGACGAGUUGGGCUGCGGUCUACUCGACCGAGUUGAGAACCGGGUUGACUAGGAGACUCACACCGUAUGGAAUUGCUGAUUUUAGUCCUGCAGUUUCUCCAUCUGGGGUUUAUACAGCUGUGGCUUCUUAUGCAGAGAAAGGAUGGGAUGGUGAAGUUGAGAUACUAACUACUGAUAUUUAUGUCUUUUUGACUCGGGAUGGGACUCAGCGAGUCAAGGUUGUUGAAAACGGUGGGUGGCCGUCUUGGGUCGACGAUUUUACUCUGUUUUUCCACAGAAGAAGCGAGGAAGACAACUGGAUAAGUGUCUACAAAGCGAUUCUACCCCAAAACGGACCAAUUUCAACCGGGUCAGUGACGAUUCAGCGAGUCACACCACCGGGUCUCCAAGCGUUCACUCCAGCUACUUCGCCAGGUAACAAAAAGUUCAUAGCAGUGGCUACGAGAAGACCUAACUCGAGUUAUCGCCACAUAGAGCUAUUUGAUCUUGUGAAAAACGAGUUCAGUGAGUUGACUCGUUUAAUUUCACCCAAAACUCACCAUCUUAACCCGUUUAUCUCGCCUGACUCAACCCGAGUUGGGUACCAUAAGUGUAGAGGUGACAGAAACAGAAAAGAUAAGAACACCCACCUGUUACUCGAGAAUCUCAGGAGUCCAUUACCCGAUAUCUCGCUCUUUAGAAUUGACGGUUCGUUUCCUUCUUUCUCACCCAAGGGUGACCGAAUCGCGUUCGUCGAUUUCCCAGGAGUAUAUGUAGUGAACCGGGACGGCUCAAACCGAAGACAGAUUUACCCAGAAACCGCUUUCUCAACCGCUUGGAACCCGGUUCAUGAAGGAGUUGUGUAUUCUAGCACGGGACCCACUUUUGCAAGUGAGAGUACGGAGGUUGAUAUAAUCUCCAUACACGUGGACGAUGUUGAUCAAAUUAGUUCUAAAAAGUUGACUACUAAUGGUAAAAACAACGCAUUCCCCUCGGUUUCGCCCGACGGUAAAUUGGUCGUAUUCAGGUCGGGUCGAACGGGUUAUAAGAACUUGUAUAUAAUGGAUGCAUUUGAGGGGGAGAAAGGUGGGCUCCAUAGAUUGACGGAGGGUCCAUGGACGGACACGAUGUGUAAUUGGUCACCGGACGGUAAUUGGAUCGCGUUUGCAUCGGAUCGGGAUGACCCGGGUUCGGGGAGUUUCGAAUUGUAUUUGAUACAUCCUAAUGGGACAGGGUUAAGGAAAUUGGUUCAAAGCGGGUUAGGCGGGCGGACUAACCAUCCGUCAUUCAGUCCGGAUGGGAAAAGCAUAGUGUUUACUUCAGAUUAUGGUGGUAUUUCGGCUGAGCCAAUCUCAAACCCACAUCAUUAUCAGCCUUAUGGUGAGAUAUUCACGAUUAAAUUGGACGGCUCUGAUUUGAAGAGAUUAACGCACAAUUCAUUUGAGGAUGGGACCCCGGCUUGGGGUCCUACAUACAUAAGGCCAGUUGAUGUGGCAUCGCCCAAGAAUGAAGAAUGUGCGUUUGAGGAUUGCCACUGGCUCAAUAAAAUGCCGAACCAAGGGCUGGGGUUUACGUUUUUGGAGCCCACUAAACCUCAGUGUGGUGGAUGAGCAGUGUGCGCAUCAGUCAUAUCAUGUGUAAUUUAAAUUGUAUUAUAUGUGCGAUAGUAUUAGACGUUUUCGUGUAUUAAUGCUUUACUUUAAAACAGACAUAUUAUUGUGUAAAAUAUGCGUGGAUAAUGGAGCUAUAAUUAUUAUUAGUGUAAAUUGUUCACUAUGUAAAUAAUCCAUGUUUCUUACAAUUAAGGGUGUUUUUAAGCUCCUUUU